AUGUUAAAUAAUUUAUUUGCUGAUUAAUAAAAAUCAUUCCAAGUAGCUGUUAGAUACUUACCUUUGUAAGUACAUCAUAUGUAAAAUCUGCCAGAAAUACUUUGUGUUGAUAAAAAAAAUAAUUAAAUAACUCUUGUAGAUUCUAAUUUACAAGAAAAACUAAAUAAAAAGUUUUGUCUAGAUAAAGUUUAUGACUUAUAAGAUAACUAAUCUAUGGUAUAUAAUGAAAUCGUUGAACCUUUAGUAGAAAGUUCGCUUAAUGGUUUUAAUGCUACUCUUCUUGUUUAUGGUGAAUAUUAAUAGAGCAAAGAUUUUACUCUAGAAGGAGAUAAAUCUAAUUUGGAAGAAAUGGGAAUAAUCCCUAGAGUAUCAUAGUAAAUAUUUUCUAAAAUAGAAUAAAAUCCGAACAAAGAAUUUAUUAUUAGAGUUUCAUCUUUACAAAUAUUAAAUGAAAAUAUAAAUGAUUUACUUUAAAAGUAAAACUAAAACCUAUUUUUAAGAGAAAACUAAUAUCAUUAAGUUUUUGUAGAAAAACUAACAAGUGUUUUAGUAACAAAUCAUGAAGAAUUUAUGAAAUAAAUUGAAUUAGCAAAGAAAAAUUCCCUAGGAAGUUCAAACACAAUGAAUAAUAAUUAUGUAAGAGGUCACACAAUUCAUUAAAUUUAAAUUUAAAAAUAUGAUAAAAAUAGUAUUGAAAAUGCGCUUAAUGUAAGUAUAUUAAAUAUAGUUAGCUUGGCAGGAUUUGAGAGAAUAUCUAAAGUUGGAUGCUUUGGAAAAAAUUUGAGUGAAUCCAUCUUAGUAAAUAAGAGUUUAUCAACUUUAGAAAAAGUGACUAUAGCUUUAUCUAAACCAGGAAACUAACACAUCCCAUAUAGAGAGUCUUAGCUAACUAGAAUCCUACAAAAUUCUUUGGGAGGAAAUUCUAAAACUGUUUUACUCACAGUUAUUUCCAUAGAAAACUAUGAAACUUCACUUUAAGCUUUAAAAUUUGCUGAAAGAGCUAAAAACAUAAAGAAUAAGCCUAGUGUAAAUAAAAUUUAGGAUAAUGAUAUUAUCAAAUCUUUUAGAGAAUAAUAUUCUUCAAUUUCUUUGAGUAGAAAUUCAUCAUUUUCUAAUCUUUCUUAAACUAAUAAUGCUCUAUGA